AUGCCACCCAAGCGCAAGCACCAGCAGCAGGCCGAGGCGGAGCAGGAGAAGGCUCCUCGCCAACCGUGCGCAUUUGCGUGGGACAAGUUCACCGAGCUGCUCGACGGCGACGGCGCGGGCUUCACGGGCGCAGAGCCGGACGUCAGCGUGUGCGACGAACCAGUGGACGAGGCCCUGGUGCGGGCCGGCCUCGAGCUGCUCAACGCCGCGACCGGUCCGUGGCACGAGGACGCCGACGAGGGCCUCCGCCGCACCGAGCAAGUAGCGGCCAGCGGCGGCGACUAUGGCGACUCGGUUGUGCGCGUCUACAGGGCGUCGUCAUCGGCCGAACCGCACAACGAGCCCGACCGCUACGAGCUCACCUUCCUCCAAUGCCCUGGCUUCGCCCAUUACCAGUACGUGUUCGUGGUGGACAAGGCCAAGCUGCGCUACGUGUUCGCGGGCGAGUCUGGCUCACACCCACAGGCUGGCACCAACGACUUCGUCUACGAGAACUCGGAUGGCAGCGGGCCGGGCCUGCUGCCCGACUCGUCAGUGCCGCCCACGCCCACGACCCUGCUCGAUGCCGCCCGGCAACGCUUCUCUGAGUACUGCCUCGACCAGCACCACUGA